CAGCAGACUCCAAUUUAAAAAGAAGGAACCAGGCGGCUCUCGAGACAAAUAAAGGGUAAACAUGCGUAAUGGCGGACCGCUGCAUCGCUAGGCUUGGAAAACACACCGCCAACAUCACCGUCCUCACUGGGUCAUCAGCACACCGUACUCGAAAUGGCCGCUGUCCUCGUAAUCCGGCACGCCGUGAGCCUAUAAUCCGGCUUGCUCGAAGCUCGGGGAGGUUGACAGCAAAAGCGGGAGGGAAGACGGCGCCGACGCGUCGGCGACAGUGAGAGGCGGGCUGGGGAUCGGCGCACGGAAAUAGCCCACCAAUCCCGGGGCGGGCACGGCAAGCGUAGCGAGGCAAAAGAGGAAGGCAUUUGAAAGAAGGGCAAAAAGGAUGAGGAAAGGGUGAAAUCGCAGCAGAGGAGACCAGCGAGGAGAGAGCGCCGCCGCUCUGUGACGUCUCCACACCGAGGAGAUGAGCGAGGAGGAGGUGAGAAGACCCGUCAGAUGAGGAGGAGGCCUCCUCGCCCGCCGGCAGCCGCGAACUCGCGUUUCGACAUCGGAGGCAUGAGGACGUCGAGGAAGGCGAGCGUGGAGAUGCCCGCCUUCGUGCGCCAGCUGGUCAAAGAGACGGAGAAGAGGGUCAGCUCUUUCUUCAAGGGGGGCCGGGCGGGAGCGGCCGACGUGGACGAGGACGCGGUGCUUCCCAGCCCCUACCUGGACCGGCCGGUGUUGGACAAACUGGCGGAGGAGGGCUGCGCCCGCUGGGGUCUCACCUACGCCCUGGGCAGCAUGCAAGGCUGGAGGGCCCACAUGGAGGACUACCACAACUGCGUGCCUCAGCUGGGGGGGGGGCUGGCCGACUGGAGCUUCUUCGCCGUGUUCGACGGCCACGCGGGCAGCGCCGUGGCGCGGCACUGCUCGGGGCACCUUCUGGGGCACAUCCUGGCCUCAGGGGGCCUGGGGCCCGAGGACGACCCCGACGGGGUGAAAGGGGCCCUCGCGGAAGGCUUCCUGCAAACGGACAAGCAUCUCCACGCCGUGGCCCGCCGAGAAGGAUGGGAGCGAGGCGGCACCACCGUGGUGGCCGCCCUCGUUUCGCCCCGCAACAUCUACUUGGCCAACUGCGGGGACUCCAGGGCCGUGCUGUGUCGUUCGGGUCAGGUCCGCUUCUCCACCGAGGACCACAAACCGUACAGCCCUCUGGAGAAAGAGCGCAUCGAGAGCGCCGGAGGAUCCGUGUCCCUGCAACGUAUCAACGGCUCGUUGGCGGUCUCCCGAGCCCUGGGCGACUUCGGCUACAAGCGGGCGGAGAACAGGUCGCCCGGCGAGCAGAUGGUCUCGCCCGAGCCGGAGGUGCGAGCGCUGGAGCGCUCGCCGGCCGACGAGUUCCUGGUGCUGGCCUGCGACGGCGUGUGGGACGCCAUCGGCAACGAGGAGCUUUGCGCCUUCGUCCGCAACCGCCUGCUGGUGUGCGCCGACCUGAGGGACGUCUGCUCGCAGGUCAUCGACCUCUGCCUCUACAAGGGCAGCCUCGACAACAUCAGCAUCAUCCUGCUGUGCUUCCCUGGCGCCCCCCAGCUGUCCGCGGAGGCGUUACACCAGGAGGCCGAGCUGGAGGAUCUGCUGGAGUCCAAAGUCGCGGAGAUUUAUGAGGAGCUGCGUGGCAGAGGGGAGGAUCCCGAUUUGCUGGCGGUCCUGGCAGUCCUCGCUUCCGCCGCCAUCCCGGGAUUACCACCAGGGGGCGGCAUACACAGCAAAAGGAACUGCAUCAUCUCUGCUUACUACCAACAGAGAGACACGCACAAUCCUGCGCUACCAAAUGGAACGGAAGGCUCGUGAAGAGGCCGAGUGGGUUGCGACCAUCAAGGGAUUGUGAUUCAUGUCUGAAGUAACUCUUUUAUUCAUGUUUCCAAAUGGACAAAAAGGGAGUUAGUCACAACAGUGUUUGUUUACAUCGUUCCAGCGAGCAGCACCUUGUCGUAACAAAUACAAUGCAAAAGUCGCUCGAGUAAAGCCUGAUACAGUCUAUAUUUGUACAAUUAUCUAUCUAUCUAUCUAUCUAUCUAUAUAUAUAUAUACACUGUAUAUGACAUUUUGUAAGACUUACUCAGCAACACUGACCCAGAAACAAACUUCUGCCUCAUAUUCAGUGAACAGAAGACACAAAUAUAAGCCUGCAACUGCGAAAUAAUACAUUUCCAGCAUGAGUGUAUGAGAAUGUGAGAAUGUGUAGGAGUGGAGCCAAAUAUGUAUUUGAGGGGAAUAUGCAGUACUUGACUGAUACAGCUACGCUAGGCUAAGCUUAGCAUACAGCUAAUGUCCAUUUGUUCCAGCAGGAUAUGCGAACAAUGCUAUCUUGUUAGCGGUUGGAAAUGCACAAAAGUUCCCUUGUUCUGCAUUGUUGGCGAGCAAAUAAACUCAUCUUAUAAUGUGAGGGGGGGGGGGGGGGGGGGGGAAAUACAUUUCACAGAUAAUACUUUGUCAGUUUAACCCUAUGCGCGAGUUUGUAGGAAGAAGAGUCAGAGAGAGAAUAAAAUGAAAUUUUUUUUUUUUUUUUUUUUUUUUUAUACAAGUCGUAAUAUAAUCAUCAUUAUUAAUACAUUUGAGAAGAAUAAAUAUCAAGAAAAUGACACACACGCAAAAAAAAAAUUUCAAAAUGAUAUUGAGUUGGAUUCUUAACGUUCUCAAUGAAACCUGCCUGAAAACAUCCUCGGUAAAUUGCAUGUGAAAUGUCAUUUUUUUUUUUUCUGCAUGUUGGAGACUUAUGUACUGCCUUAUUAUCGGGCAGGAGGCGGGGUACACCCUGAACUGGUUGCCAGCCAAUCGCAGGGCACAUACAAACAAACAACCAUACAGAUCAAUUGUUUUGAUGAUAAUAAUGAGCAUGUGCUUCAAAACAGCACAUGAUGGAUUCAAAUGGAUUUUCUUGCAUAGAGAAAGCAGCUUGAAUCUCGCUAUCUGCUCUGUUGGCACGUACUCGCAUUUUGACACCCGUGGAUUUAAAACAUGAAUACAUUUUUUUAAAAAUCUCCUUUCUUUUUCCAAUUGAUUUUUAGACCCACUGAAAUUCUCAAUGCAAUUCUAAUGGCCGUCAAUGAUCUGCAGAUUUUCUCUAUAGCGGCGGUCCACCGCACAGCACUUGAGAAAUAAAAGAAUUCUUCUCGGGGUGCGCUUUUGAUUGAUGCUCGACUCAAAAGGCAGCCUCUUAAGGAUCUUGCUUGAUUAUUGAGCAUGUCAGGGACGUGUACUCACGACAUAAACCAUUGGGGGAAAUUUGCAAAUGAUCGGAACAUUGUGUGUCGUUUUUGCAGCAUUUAUCAUCUCUGGUCGUGAGCCGAAAGACUCCAAACGAUGAAUGCAUGCAGCUUUUUCUAUAAGUUGAUGUUGUGUUUGUGUCUAAGCCAGUGAUUCCCAACCAGUGUGCCGCGAGCGCUCUUCAGGUGUGCCGUGGGUAAUGUGAAAUUUGACUUCAUUGCUCCAAAAAAUGAUUUCUUUCCAAGAAAUAAUGUAUCCCCUUUUCGUGAGAUUUUUGUUUGUGAUUUUGUGCCUUGGCUCCAUAAAGGUUGGAAAUCACUGGUCCAUGCUCUCUUGUUGCUUUCCCGGCCACGCAAAGAUAUUAGCGGGGGAGCUCGGAGGACGUGCACGGGCCUCCCAAAAUCAUCAGCGAUCCAGCAUCAAGUGCUCCUCCACGGCUGCUUUCAUCUGAUUGCGUUUGUAUGAGCCAAUCACUCCAGGACAUCAAACCGAUCUUGACUGUGAUACAGAAUCCUUGAGAUUGCUUUCAUGUUUUUCCUCCUUCAAGCAAAAUGUGAGCAUUGUCUAGACUCUUAUGACGACAGUCUGUAAUCAAUUCACAGACCCGCAACGGUUGAUUCAAACGGUUGGUCGUUCUCCUCACAAACUUGAGCGAUUCACUUGUGUGCCUCCUAUAAGGAUGAGACGCAAGGGACAUGCGGAUGUGUGCUCCUAUCUAUCCACACUGGUUUCCUGGAGACGGUUGUUCAUAAUGGCCAACGCCCCCACUCCCUGGGAGAAUCCGUUCUGGUGGCCGUAGCUCUGCCGUGGCCCCUGGUGGGCAGUUUCGCUCAGUUGCUUCUGCAGCAGCGCCAAAGACACCUUAUUAGACACCAUGAACUCGUUGACGGAGAUCAUUUCUCCCGACAGUCGACGGCCAACGUGCACCCCGACCGUGAGCGCGCCGCCGUCCGUCUCGCUGUCGUACACGGUCUCCGCCGAGCCGUCCGCGUACCGUUGCCUUCCGGCAGGACAGUGCGACGAGAGCGGCCGGACCGCGUUGCGCUUUAACCGGUUUCGUCCGAGGUGAGCCGCCGUACGCCUCGGUCUGCGCUUCCACCAUCCGCCCGCGGAACGAGAGCCGAGCCGACGGUCCCUCGGACGCACCGACUUCUCCAAAAUCCAGUUGAGCGUUUGUUUAAUGAUAAUGGAAAUGACGUUAAAGAGCGAGUAGAUGCAGCAUACUCCCAUGACGAUGAAAAGGCAGUUCCCCAGCCGGUAGGCCUCCUGAGACUCGUAGUGCUGCCUCUGGCUGCUGACCAGGUCCCCAAAGCCGAUGGUGCUGAAGGCCACAAAGCAGAAGUACAGGGAGUCCACGUAGCUCCAGUUCUCCAUGGAGCAGUACAGAGUAGAAGCGCUGCACGCGAUCACGAUCGAGGCCAGUCCCAAGAUCAGCAUGACGUAAUAGACGGAAGGCUUCCAGCCUUCUAGGCUGUCCUCCUCCCCGGACGCAUCCCGCCUGCCGGACGCGUCGCCAACUCCGCUGCAUCGAAGGCGACGUUCGUGACACCAGCGCAUGAUGUAGGCCAGCAUGGUGAUGAUCCUCUCCAAGAAGAGGUUGAAGAAGAGGAUGGUCGCGGCGCAGCCGAUCAGACCGUAAAAGAUCAAGAAGAUUUUUCCAGCUAUGGUUGCCGGCGUGGUCAUACCAAACCCUAGAGACAAAAACCUUUUUAAGAAGAAGGUAAGACCUUGCAGGUAAGGCCUGGUACACACGUAAGAAUGUUUACAACCUUAAGGGAUGAACUCUUACAGAUCCCACAUAUGAAGAUUCCAAAAAAUCAGGCACUGAACAGUUUUGGUUGCACUGUGUGUGGUGUCCUCCGACUAUCCCAACACACAACACCAAACACAUAAACGUUCUGUUUCACCACCACCGAUCUCAAAUCUCGUCUGCCAAGACAGAUAUCCCGUGUGAUCAAAUGUGAACUAACCAAAACGAAGAAGAAGAAGAAGAAGAAAAAGAAACACGACUGGACACGCUGCGCCGAUGUUUGCGAGGCUCACCAAUAGUGGAGACCACGGUGCCCACAAAGUAGAAGGCUCCAGAAAAGUCCCAGCGGGGCCUCGAUGCGUCCACUCGUAUCCCCGCCCCAUUGGCCUCCUCAUACUGCCGCAGCAGGGUGCGCAGCGCCCUCGGGUGGACGGCGUAUCGGCGGGUGAAGUUCUCCAGCUGCUGCCUCCACAGGCGGCGGGCGCGCAGCUCAAAGGGGUGCUCCAGGGCGGAGAAGAUGGCCGCCCCGCACAGCAGGUAGAGGAGAAUGAGGCCAGCGAGCAGGAAGAAACGAGCGUUGUCUUCGUUGAUGGGCGCUUUGGGGCGGCGGCCAGUCGCCUUCCUCUGAGCCAUGACCGCCACAGCAACUGCAUGGAAACGCACUGAUGACUUGUUUACAAUUACGAGUUACCUUACCCCGACGUGUAAUCGCAGUGUAAACAUUGCGGUGACUUUCUCGAAGGGCCACAACUAAUUGCAUGUGAUUUCUUUUCUUCAUUUUCAAUGAGCGCAUCGACGGGGCCCUUGGCGGUUCCCUGCAUCAGUCGAUUCAAACUAUUGAUCAUUACUUUGGAACGAACCACAUAUAUUUGCUCUUUACACAAAUACAUUGGUAACAAAAACAUGAUCAAAUGUAAAGUAAAAAGUGUUCGUUGCGUUAUACGUGCACAGCAUGUGGAGAACAUGAGACCAUGUUGACCUCGUGACAAAUGUGCACAAUGAUGACAAUAUCGCUUCAUAUUGCAACCAGAUAAGUCAAUGCGCCGUAAAAAGUCCAAAAUUGUACAGUGUGACCCUACGAAAGCAGAAUGGCACAUGACCAGAGAGAGCCAAUCACAGGCGUCGCCUUUGGAAGGGGGAAGUGAAAUAUGCGUUUUUUUGCAGCUAGUUUUCAAAUGUCACUAAAACUGUCACAAUGGAAAUUUUCAAACGCAAUGGUACUUUAAUUACACAUUAGCAGUAAAGUAAUUGAUUACAAUUACAUAACCCCUUGUUAUUAAAUUAUGUAAUGGGAUUACACGUAAUUAGUUACUCCCCAACACUGCAUGUAUAGUUUUUUGCUUAAAUACACAUUGGCCAGGGCAGAAAACAAACAGGUUAAACGCAGAAAACUCUGAUCUUAAAGUGUAGCAACACACUUCAUCUUCUUCAUUUAUGUAUCAUUGACAUUACAAACAUUGAAAUAUUUUUCAAUGCAAAUAUGAAUAAGAAUACAUGAUAAAAACCACACCUCAUAUAGGUUAUGCUAGUCUAUCAUCCUGUACAUGUUAGCGUAACUACUCAUUGAUCUAAGUUAUAAAUAGAAAAUCCUUUUUUUCCUAGAAUAAUGAAAUGAUUCAUACCUGGUCAGGGUGACAGCGAGUCCCUCUCCCUGAGCUCGGCUGCUGCGCAUCUGUUGACUUGAUGACCAGCAAGAGGGACCACCUUCAGUUUUUUUUUUUUUUUUUUUUUUGUGCAAGCACAGAAACUCGACGAUGCCUCAUCCGUCACGCGCUGACAUCAUUUUGAACCCCGCCCACAUCUGUCAUCACGCCCACCCUGUUCGGAUGUGUCCCCGUCAUUUAUAUACAAAGACAUUCCAAAAAUAUGUCUACUGCACAAUACCGCUGAUAUUCUGAUUUUGGCGAUAGUCUUCUGGAAAAUGUUUGUGUGUGACUGUCACCCUACUUGUAGCUCAGCAUCUCUGUUCUAGAUUAUGCGAAAGGUCUUCGGUGGGGUUUAGGUCGGGGUUUUGAAGUUCUUCCACAUUGAAAUUUUUUAUGGGCCUACAGAAAGGGGCCUUUUCCAAAGUGUUCCCGCAAAAUUGUGUGUUAGAAGCUAAAGAUGUGUCCUGAGACUUUUGUCCACGUAAGAUACAGUACAGCUUGGUUGCACUGUGGUUCAUGGAGCCUCUGAUGGCUUUUUGUUGUUGCUGCAGACUGCGUGGGGGCGUUUGGAGUCAGGCCCUCCCUUUAAUCUUGCACGGAGGUGCAGCUAAGAGCAAGGGCUCCUCUGACUGCUGAGUGGCUGCGGGAGGCAGGUGUAGAAUCCUUCUUCCAUAAUGGACAACAUUCAAAUAUUGUCAAGAAAAUACAGAUGGUCCCAAAAGGCAUAUUUACUGUAUUUAAGUUAAAUACAACUGAACUGUACUUACAAAAUGGACUAUACUUGACAAGUCAAAAAAAUGUAUACAUGACAAAAAAAUAUUGUACUGGAUUAAGAAAAAGUUUACAUUUGUUUGAUUCUAUUUAAUGUUCUGAUGUUGUAGAUUUUAAUUGUAUUUAAUUCAGGGAUUCUCUCACAUAAAAGGCGGCACGGUGCCGACUGGUUAGAGCGUCUGCCUCACAGUUCUGAGGAUCGGGGUUCAAACCCCGGCCCCGCCUGUGUGGACUUUGCAUGUUCUCCCCGUGCCUGCGUGGCUUUUCUCCGGGCACUCUGGUUUCCUCCCACAUCCCAAAAACAUGCAGGGUAGGUUCAUUAAAGUCUCUAAAUUGACCCUAGGUGUGAAUGUGAGUGCGGAUGGUUGUUUGUUUCUAUGUGCCCUGCGAUUGGCUGGCAACCAGUUCAGGGUGUACCCCGCCUCCUGCCCGAAGAUAGCCGGGAUAGGCUCCGGCACGCCCGCGACCCGCGUGAGGAGAAGCGGCUCGGGAAAAUGGAUGGACGGAUUCUCUCACGUACAACUAGAGAGAGCCUGCAUGCCACUAGUGGGAGUCGUGCCACACUUUUGCGAAUGACUGGUUUACUCUAUGUGAGGGGCCAAAAUAUUAGAAACCCUUCUCAGCACGUCGUAUGAAUGGCAUAUUUUGUACGUUGGAGUUCUUCUCUACCCCACUGGAAACUGCAAAACUUUCAUGCGGCAUGUGGCACAUCGUGAUGAUCAAAAUGCAAAGAGAUUACAAACCUACAUGUCCAACCACUUGUAGCUACUACGGAGUUUUGUUUGUUUGUUUUGUUUUCCCCAAGGGAGAGACUAGGAAAGUGCAAGGUGACACGAUGCAGAGCUCGUGAUUCUGCGACAAUCAUUCUUCAGCACAGACGUACUUCGGUGCAUCUUGAACGCCACACAGCAACGACUUUAGGCUUUUUUCCUCGACAUCGCUAUGGAAACAGGCCCUUCACAUGCACUACACAACAAUGUGCAAAACACAAGUGCUGACCUUGACCGGCAACUGCAAGCCUUCAACAAACAUCUGUCCAUCUUUUUUAUUUGGGUGAGUGGCCGGCGAUCAACACCCUGGACUGGUCCCAGGCCAAUCGCAGGACAUGUAUUGCGUAGACCAUAUAUGUCAAACUCAGGCCCGGGGGCCAAAUUUGGACCACGAUAUAAUUAUAUUUGGCCCGCAAGACCAUAUCAAAUGUGUAUCAGAGCUGGCCCGCCAGUGUAUAGUACAUGCGCCUCUAAUAUUCCAAAUCCCAGAAUGCUUUGCUCGUGCGUCGGCCCAUCGGUCCAGACCGGCGAGCGCCCCUUCCCUUUCUGUUGCAGUCGUUAGCAACUAUGCUACCGGUCUCCUCGUGCAAAUUUACACAUCCCCUUCCCAAAAUUGGCCAAACGAAAGAUGGAAAACGGUGAACUUCCAAGACAGGUGGGAGACUGAUUGUGUGUUCACUAAAGUAAAAGACAGACCUGUUUGUCGUGUGCGGAGCAACGUGGCUGGAUCAAAGAAUAGAACAUCAUUGAAUUGUUGUCGUUUUUUCAUGGUUUACUCGCCUGACUUCCUUGCGGACAAAUGCAACUUAAUGUGACUGCGCAUGGUUGUCUGUCUGUGCCCUGCGAGUGCCUGGCGACCAGUCACGGGUGUCGUCGGCCUUUCGCCGCGAGUGACCCCGGGCGGCCUCCUGCUCCCCUC